CCUUCUCUCAACCACAUGUAAAAUUAUUUAUUAUUUCACUUAUAUUUAUUUCAAUAAUAGUUUGUGUGUUCGUGUGUGUCAAAAUCAAACUCCACUGGAGUUUCCAACCUCCUCGGGUUCGGAGACGUUUAUUUAUCUUCUCGUGUGCCACUAAACAUCAAGUUUAUAUAUUAUUUAUCAUUAUUUAUUAUUUUUUUAUUAUUCUUACUUUUUUUUUUAAAUAAAAUAAUAAUAAUUCAAAAGUCUAAUAACAUCAAUGAGUGUUUACAAAAUAUAUUACAAAUUUACCUACUGUUUUUUUUUUUGGUUUGUUUUACAAGUCAAUUUAUUAAUGAUUAAUAACUAUUGUUAUUAAUAUUUAGUGUUAUUGUAAUCAGAGAUAGUGAUACUAUCUAAAUACAUAACCAGAAAUAUUUAAAAAAUAUAUUAAAACGCAAUGGUGGACGAUUGUUGACCGUGAUGACAGCUGAUGAUUUUUUUUUUUUUUUUUUGGAUUAUGUAAAUUGACAGUACUUAAUUUUCUUGGUGGAUUUUAAUUUUUUUUUUUUUUUAACCCACGCGUUUUGCGUGGAAUUACUGCGGAUGCCUCGCCCGAAGGAUUUACACCAACUCUAAAUAUAAAUUAAAGAUGAAUUUACUUGAUGAUAUUUUUUAAUAUUAAAAAAAAAGAAGAAAAAUAUAUUUGAUAAUAAAUAAAGCUUAGUGAUUAAUAAAUAAAUAAAUAAAAUAAAAUAAUCAAGAUGAUGCAUGAUCAUGGACAUCAUGCAGCUAGAAAACAAACACCUCUAUCACCAGAAGUUGCAUUGGCAAAUGAUGUAUUUGAUCAAUUUUGUAAUGCAUCAACACUUAAAUCAAUUCUUGGACAUUUUCGUCAUUUAUGUGAAUUACUUAAUAUGCGACCAAAUACAUUUCCACAAUUUUAUCCAAAAUUUAAAUCAAAAUUACGCUCAUGGAAAGCACAAGCAUUGUGGAAAAAAUUUGAUUUAAAAGCAAAUCAUAAAUGUUAUAAUCGUGGUAAAGCAAGUUCAAAUACACGUGUAUUAAUAAUUGGUGGUGGACCAUGUGGUUUAAGAUCAGCAAUUGAAGCUCAAUUACUUGGUGCAAAAGUUGUUGUUAUUGAAAAACGUGAUCGUAUGUCAAGAAAUAAUGUAUUACAUUUAUGGCCAUUUGUCAUUCAAGAUCUUCGUAGUUUAGGUGCUAAAAAAUUUUUUGGUAAAUUUUGUGCUGGUUCAAUUGAUCAUAUAAGUAUACGUCAAUUACAAUGUAUACUAUUAAAAGUAUCAUUAAUACUUGGUGUUGAAUUUUAUGAGGGUGUUAGUUUUGAUUCAUUAAUACCACCACCAUCACCUACAACAACAUCAUCAUCAUCAUCAUCAUCAAAAAAUGCUAAUGAUAAUGGAGAUGACAAUGACAAUGACAAUGAUGAUGAUGAUAAUAUUGAUGAAGAUGUUAAAAUUGGUUGGCAUGCUAAUACAACACCAUCUGAUCAUCCAGUAUCACAAUAUGAAUUUGAUGUAUUAAUUGGUGCUGAUGGUAAACGUAAUACACUUGAUGGUUUUAAACGUAAAGAAUUUCGUGGUAAAUUAGCAAUAGCAAUAACAGCAAAUUUUAUAAAUAAAAGAACAGAAGCUGAAGCACGUGUUGAAGAAAUAAGUGGUGUUGCAUUUAUAUUUAAUCAAAAAUUUUUUAAAGAAUUAUAUCAAGAUACUGGUAUUGAUCUUGAAAAUAUUGUUUAUUAUAAAGAUGAUACUCAUUAUUUUGUAAUGACUGCUAAAAAACAUAGUUUAAUUGAUAAAGGUGUUAUAUUACAUGAUCAUCCAGAUACAGCAAAAUUAUUAGCCAAAGAUAAUGUUAAUAGAGAUGCACUUAUGUUAUAUGCACGUGAAGCUGCUGAUUUUUCAACUCAAUAUCAAAUGAUGAAUAUGGAAUUUGCUGUUAAUCAUUAUGGACAACCAGAUGUUGCUAUGUUUGAUUUUACAUCAAUGUAUGCUGCUGAAAAUGCAUCACGUGUUAUUGAAAAAAAUGGUUUUAAAUUAUUACAAAUACUUGUUGGUGAUAGUUUAUUAGAGCCAUUUUGGCCAACUGGUUCUGGUUGUGCACGUGGUUUUUUAAGUUCAAUGGAUGCUGGAUGGUCAAUUAAAAGUUGGAGUAAUACAUUAACAACACCACUUGAUGUUAUUGCUGAAAGAGAAUCAAUAUAUCGUUUACUUGGACAAACAACACCUGAAAAUUUAAAUCGUGAUUAUGCUGCAUAUACACUUGAUCCACAUACACGUUAUCCAAAUUUAAAUGUACGAUCAGUAUCAACAAUACAAGUUAUGGGAUUAUGGGAUACUGAUGAUCCAGAUAAAAUUAAACAACCAUUCCCUCUACCAUUAAAUUAUAAUAAUAAUAAUAAUAUUGAAUUACCAAAAAAACGUAGAAAACGUGAUAUACAAAUACAUCCAGAUACAUUAUUAAAUUGGCUACAAAGACAAGUUGUAUUAUAUGAUAAUGUACAAAUAACUGAUAUGACUAAUUCAUUUAAAGAUGGUCUUGCUAUUUGUGCAAUAAUACAUCGUUAUAGACCAGAUUUAAUUGAUUUUUAUUCACUUAAAAGUGAUGAAACGGAAAAAAAUAAUCAACUUGCUUAUGAUGUACUUGAAAAAGAACUUGGUAUAUCACCUAUUAUGACGGGUGAAGAAAUGGUCAAUUGUGAUGUGCCUGAUAAACUUGACAUGUUUUCAUAUUUAACACAAGUUUAUGAAGUCUUCAAAGGUGAAAUACCAUUCGUCAAAUAUCCAAAAUUGGAACCUGAGACAGAUGAAAGACCAUUGUAUGACAAGCAGCUGGCACAAUUGACAAAAUGUGGAUUGAUUGGUAGAAUAACCAAGCAUGAUGGUACAACAAGAACUCGGCAUUCAAGAUCAUCACGUCAUAAUAAUGAAAAUUUACAAACAAUUGAUAAAAAAAUUGAUGCAAGUCUUGGAAGAAGAUCAAGAAAACGACGUAGUACUGAAAAAAUGGGAGCAAGUGUUGAAGAAAGACAGAAGAGAUUAGAGGACAUUGUGAACAAUCGUAUUGAACGUAUGAAGAGACGUCAAUUUUUACGUAAAAUGGCAACUCAACAAUUUUAUAAAAGUAUACAAAUGCUACAAGUUAAUGCUAAAAAUGAUAAAGAUGAGCCAUUUGAAGAUUAUUCAAUAUUUUUAUAUCGUCAAACUGCUGCUGAUUUCAAGGAUCGUGUUAAAGAAUUAGAGCAGAAAAUAUUAUAUCCAGAUAGAGAUCCAAAAAUGUUGCUACAUCAAAAGGGUGGUGCUGAUGAAGAUUUUUCAGGAAGAAUAAAAAAUUUUGAAGAUAAAUUACGUGGUAAUUCAUCAAUUGAUAAAAAACCACGUGAUCUUUUACGUGCAAUUGGAAAAAUAGAAAAAAGUGAUUGGAAUGUUAAAGAAAUUGAAAAAAAAAUUGAAGAAAGUAAAAUGAAUUGUGGAUCAAAACAAGAUCGUGAACGUGUACCAAAAUGGAGUCGUGAACAAUUUUUAGCACGUCAAAUAAAAAUGGAAAAAAAAGGAAAUGAUACAACAACAAAUGAUGAUAAAAAAUAUGCUGAAAUUGAUAAUACAUUAAAAUUUAUUGAUAAAAAAAUUAAAGAAGGUAAUAUACUUGGUCAUAAUAAAGUAUCAGCAAUGGCUGAACAAUUUACAAAUAAACAAAAUGACAAUAAUGAACAACAAUUAAAAAUUCAACGUUCAAAUUCAAAAGCAGCAAUUGUAUUACCAACACAAGGUGGUUCUGAAACAUGUCAUUUUUGUGAUAAAAGAGUUUAUCUUAUGGAACGUUUAAGUGCUGAGGGUAAAUAUUUUCAUCGUGGUUGUUUUCGUUGUGAAUAUUGUUCAACAUCAUUACGUAUUGGUAAUCAUACAUUUGAUAGAGAUAAAAAUGGUGGUCGUUUUUAUUGUACUCAACAUUUUGGUUUAACUGGUACAAUUAAAACAAGAAUUGAUAAAAAAAAAAUACCACUUAUUAAUAAAGAAAAUAUUAUUGAUACACCAAAUAAAUUACAAAUAAAUACAGAAAAAAAUUUAUUAAAACCACCAAUUGAUGGUGUUGUUGGAUUGGAUUUACUUGAUCGUGGACAAACACCAGAAAGAAUUGAAUUUAAAAAUCGUGCUGGUAUGUCUGAUGCUGAAGAGGCACACAGUCAAAUGGAUGAAGAUGAAUGGACUGAUAGAAAUUUUGGUGCAUCAGCUGCUGAAAUGGGAUCAAGUGAUGAUAUUUCUGACAUGAGUGAUUCUGAUGAAGAAAAUGAAAUUUACGAAGAAGCUAUUGAUCAACCAUUGACAACUGAAGGUACAAUUGAAUUAGCUAAAAAUUGGACAUUACGUUAUUCAACAAAUCCUCAAGGUUCUGAAAAUAAUUCUGAUACUGGUAGCAAUGAAUACGAGGAUUCAAGUGAUGAAUAUACAAGCGAGGGUAGGAGACUGGCACAGCAGAAACGAGGAUUGGUGGCGAGAAGGAGAAAAAAGGAAGUUUGGCUGAAGGUACCACCACGUGAAUCAGAUGACACGGAGACUGGAUCAGAAACAGAGGUUGCAUCUGACGAGACAACAAGUGAAGAGUGUCUUGAAAAUUCAGCAACAGAAAUAUCAACUGAUUCAGAAUUUGAGCAUGAUGGUACAACACCAACUCAACCAGAUAUCCCUGAAAUAACAAUAAAUGAUGCAUUUAUUAGAAAAACACGUGGACAAUAUGUUGAACCAAAAAAAGUACAAAUAAAAUCACGUAUGAUAUCACCAGUGAAUGGUAAUUUACGUCCUAUAAUUGAUGAACCGUCCAAAAAAACAUCUCAAAUAUUAUCAAAAAAUAAAGAAGCAUCAUUAUUAUCUAACAAAAAUAACCAAUCAUCAAGCAAAGAUUUAAUUAAAAAUGAUUUAACAACACGUCCAACAACACUAUUUAAUCCAUCACCAUUAAUAAAUCCACGUAAAGGUGAUUAUUUAUUAAAUCGUACACAUUCAACUGGUGGAAUUGCAUCAAAAUCAUCACUUGAAUUAAAAAAGAAAUUUUUACUUGGUCCAUCAUCAAUUGGUGGUAGUGUUAUUAAAUCUGGUUCAACAUCAAAUGUCGAUACAAAAUUACGUAAUUUUACUGAUGCAAUAUCACAACAUCAAAAAUUAUUAAAUCCAGCACCAGAACCAAGUCCAACAAUGCAAGCAUUUUUACAAGGUACAAAUAAAUUACAUAAUACACCAAAUAUACCAUUAUCACCUAUAUUAAAAAAUUUAUCAACAACAACAACAUCAACAUUAAAUGACAAUAAAAAGAAUGAAAUAUUUAAUUUUAAUAAAAUCCAUUUACCAGAUUUAAUUAAAGAAACAAAUAUCAUUGAUUCAAAUAAAAUAACAAAUAAUUAUCAUAAAAAAAAUCAUGAUAAUGAUGAUGAUGAUAUUGAUGAAAUAACAAAAAUUGAAAAUUUAAAAAUUAUUGAUGAUUUAAUAAGCAAUAUUGAUGAUAAAUGUGAAGAUAGACCACGUAGUCCAGUUGAAGAAACGCCAAUAAUUGUUUCACAAGUUAAUUGGACCAAUGAUGUUAAUAAAAAUGAUAAAAUUGAUAAUGAUGAUAGUUCUGAUGAUUUAGAAAUAGACAGUGAUUCAUUAUCAUCAAGUGAAACAGAUGAUAAUGAUGAUAAAAUAACUAGAAAAAAUAUAGAUUUACCAAAAUUAAAAAUACACAAUACAGAUGGUAAUUUGCUGCAUGAUGAUAAUAUUGAACCAGAUUCAAUUGAAUGUUUUGCAAUGAAUAAUUUAGCUAAAAAUAAUAAAACUGCUGAUGAUGAAGAAGAUGAAAAUGACAUAAUAAAAACACCAGUUAAUGAAAUAAAAAAUAUAUGGCAUAAAUCAACAAAUGAAAUUGAAAUAUUAAAUAAUAAUAUUAAAACACUUGAUAUACAUAAUGCACAGCCAUGUUUAAGUACUUGUAGUAGUCCAACAACAUCAUUAACAUCAAAUGUAUCAUGUAAAAAUGAUGAAUCAAUUGAUAAUGAUUUAACAACAACAACAACAGCAGCAUUAACUGAAACUGAACUAUCUGAAUGGGCAAUUGAUGGUGAAAUAAUAUUACAAAAUGAUAUACAUGAUACAGAUUAUAAUAUUAAUAAUAAAAAAAUUAAUUAUAAAAAUGCUCAAAUUGCUAAAGAAGAAGAUUUAACAGAUAUUGAUACAUUAUCUGAUAAUAAAAUAUAUAAUAAUAGUAAUAAUAAUAAAACAGUACAAUUGCCAAAUAAUGAUACAUCAAAAUUAUUAGUUAAUGAUGAAGAUAUUGAUUAUAUGGAUACAGAUAAUGAAUCAUUAUUAGACAGUCUAAAAGAUACACAAAAUAUACCAAUUAUUAAAAAUCGUGGAUACAUUGAAUUUGUUAAUGUUCCUGGUAUAUCAACAAAUUAUAUUAAUAAUAAUAUUAAUAGUAAUAACAAUAGUAAUAACAAUACAAAUGCACCAAUAGCACAAUCUGAAAUUGUAAAUGAUUUUAUUAUUUAUAAUGAUGAUAAUUAUAAUAAUAAAUAUGAUAAUAAUGUUAUUGAAAUAAAUCCAGUAACACUUGAUGAUGUUAAAGAACGUUUAAAUGUUAAAAAAAAUAUUGAUACAACACAUUGUAAAGAUGAUGAAAUAAAUGAAACAAGUAUUAAUGAUGUUGGACAAUCAAUGGAUGAAGAUAGUUUAUUAAUGAUUGAACAACCAGAAGAUACAACAACAACUAGUGAAUUAACAACAAUAAAAGCAAAUCCAAUAAUUUGUACAUUACCAAUUAAUGAUACAAAUGAUAUUAAUAAUCCUGAUUAUAUUGAAUAUGUUAAACGUUUACAAUCAAGAAUUGCUGAAUUUAGUAAUGUCAAGGAUUCAAUUGACAUUAGAAAAUCAAAACGUAAAAAUUCAAAAGUUUUAGUACAACAACAACAACAAGAACAAGAACAACGUUCAUCAAAUGAUAUUAUUAUUGAAGAAAAUAAAACAAAUGAUAAUACAAAUAAUAUAAAUAAUAAUAAUAAAAAUUAUAAUUCACCAGCAACAUCAAGAAAACUUGAAGAAUUAACACGUGAAAGAUCAAAACAAAAAAAUUUAAUACAAGAUUUAUUAAUGGAUAAAAUUGAAGCACAUAAACAAAAAUCUGCUGAAAAAAAAGCUAAACGUGCUGCACGUAAUGCAUCAUUUAAUAAUGGAUUAAAAACAAGUGGUUCAUUGACAUUUGUACCUGGUAAUUUGGGAGUACAAUGUAGUACACCAAUUAGAACAACAUUUGCUGAAGCAAAAAAAACACUUGAUUUUACAAAAAAUAAUAAUGAUGAUGAUGAUAAUAAUGAUGAUGUAUUUAAAACACCAAUAGCACCACCAAGAUUAAAACAUGAAGAGGCUAGAAAAACAGCUGAAAAAGCCAAACAAGAAGCACGUGAACGUGCUAGAUUAAAAAGUGAUGAAGAUUUGGGUCUAAGUCCAGAGGAUAAAAUAAAAUUAUUAAAAAUGAAAUUUUCAAAAAGACAAUUAUCAAUGGAAGAACGUAAAAAAUUUAUUGAUAAUGAUUAUAAUGAUAAUAUUAAUAAUAACGAAAGUACACGUCAUUAUAGUUUAACAAUAAAUAAAAAUAUUGGUAAGCUACAAUCAAGUAAAAGCACUGAUAAUGUUAAAAUACUUAAUAAAAAAAUUAAUAAUAAUGAUGAUAAUUUAAAUAAUAAUUUACCAUCAUUAGCUAAAAGUCUUGAUGUACUUAUUGAUAAUAAUAAUGAUGAUGAUGAUAAAAAAAUAUUAUUAAAAAUUGAUAAUAUUGAUGAUAAUGUUGUUGUUAAAAGAGAUAAAAAAAAAAUUAAAGAUCCAGAAAGAAGAAAGAGUAUUAUUCAAGCUGUUUCUGAUUUUUUUAAAAAAAAAGAUACAACACCAUCACCAACUGGAAUUAAAGAUAAAAAUUCAAUGUUUAGAAUAACUGGUAGAAAAGAUAAAUUAAAGUUAUUUAGAUCUUAUUCCGAAGAAUAUGUUAUUGAUAAAAUGGAAAGUAAAUCUGAUAUCCGGCCAAAAUCAAUAAGUGAAGGAAUGUUGAUUGAAAAUUUUUUGCGUCAUGAAUCAUUGCCAUCAGUACCACCACCGCCAAUAAAUUAUUCAUUUAAUGAAACUCAAAUAUCUGAUGAUUCAUUGUCAGAUGAUAAUUCAAAAACAACAACAGCUGCUGUACCAUCACCAUCAAAAAUAAAUAAAAAUACAACAAUUGAUGAAUCAUGUAGUAGUAUAACACGUAAAUUAAAAAAUCAAAAAAAAUUAAAUCGUCAAGCACAAUUAAAACGUUUGAGAAUUGCACAAGAAAUACAAAGAAAAUUAGAAGAAACAGAAGUUAAACAACGUGAUUUAGAAUAUCGUGGUGUAUCUGUUGAAAAAGCAUUACGUGGUGAAGGUGAAUAUACUGGAAAAAAUGAAAAUCAAUUAUUUGGUGAAUGGUUUGAUCUUAUGAAAGAAAGAACUGAUUUACGUAGACUUGAAAAAGAAUUACUAGUACGAGCACAAGAAGUACAACUUGAAGAUCGUCAUGAAAGAUUGGAGCAUGAAUUACGUGAAAGACUUGCUGAUGAUGAUACUAAAAAAACAAGUGAAGAUGUUAAAAAAGAAGGUGAAAUAUUAACUGAAAUGUUGGAAAUUGUUGCUAAAAGAGAUUCACUUAUCGCAUUACUUGAAGAGGAACGAAAAAGAUACAAAGAUGAGGAUAAAGACCUUGAGGCUCAAAUGAAAGCCAAGGGUUUAAAAUCAACACAUGUAGAAAAAAAUGACACCAAGUAUACGGUCUAAAUUUAAUAAUUUCUUUUUUAAAAAUUUUUUAGAAUUUUUAUUUUAUUACUUUACUUUGGAAUUGUCAAGACUGUUUGGUUUAUAAUAAUCAAUGGAUUUGAUUUUAAUUUGUAAAUUUUCUAUACAAUAAAAUUUACAAGAAUAAUUAAUUAAAAAAAAACAUCAAAGA